UCCUAAUUUACGGCCACAUGGAGUCUUAGUCUGCAGGGAGUGAAUGUAUAUGGCUGCAUAGCCAUAUAAAAAACCUGCUUCUCUGCAAAGAAGACAUAAAUACAUUUCAUUUGUAGUACUCUUUGCUCAAAGCAAUAUCAAAGGGAGAACCAGAAUUGCAUGUUCUCAGGUCUACAAAUACGUGCUUUCUACUCCUGCAGAUUUCCAGAUAAGCAGUAACUGUCUUCUUCAAGCUUUAAGAAGAUCUCUGCAAACAUGGCAUCUGAACACACAAGCAAUUUUACUUCUCAACCAGGCCACACAGACCCAUUUACAACCUGCAAGAAUGAAGAUUUCUCACAGGGGAAAUACUAUCUCACUGUCUUUUACAGCCUAAUCUUUGUGCUGUGCUUCCCAGCAAACAUUGUGACAAUUUUUGUUUACUUUGCCAAGAUGAGGCCCUGGAAAAGCAGCACCAUCAUUAUGUUCAACCUGGCUGUCACUGACCUAUUAUAUUUAGCCACGCUUCCUUUCAUUAUACACUACUCUGUUAAUGGAAAUAACUGGAUUUUUGGAGACUUCAUGUGCAAGUUUAUUCACUUUGCUUUCAACUUCAACAUGUACAGUGGUAUUAUCUUCCUUAGCUGCUUCAGCGUCUUACGCUUUUUCGUAGUUGUCUACCCAAUUAAAUUCUUUUUUGUUAAAAAACGGAGAUGGGCAGUGGUGGCUUCUGUAGUUGUUUGGAUGAUUUCCCUAGCCACCAUCAGCCCCUUGGGCAUCCUGAUUGCCACAAGGCAUACACAGAACAAGACAACCUGUCCUGACCUGUCUGCUGCUGUGGAUCUUGAAACUAGUCGGUGGUAUAACUGGCUGCUGAUGGUGUUUGUCUUCCUAUUGCCCUUGCUUACUGUGACUGUGUGCUACACGCUCAUUAUUUACACCUUAACCACUGGGCCCCACACACAGGCUUGCUACAAACAGAAGGCUCGCAGACUUGCCAUUGUCAUCUUGGUGCUCUUCUAUGCGUGCUUCCUCCCCUUCCACAUCUUUCGAGGAAUUCGCCUGGAGAUCCGAGCACGACCGGUUAGCUGCCACUUGAAUAACUUGAUCUGUAAUAUUUAUAAUAUUGUUAAACCUUUAGCAGCAUUAAAUACCAUUGCAAACUUAGUGUUCUAUGUAGUGACAGUAGACAGCUUCCAGAAAGCAGUCCUCUCCCUCUUCAAGUUAUUGAGAAACAGGUACUUGAAGUGGAAGAGAUUGAUGCCAUAA